GUGUGUUUCUGUGUGAUCGUAAUCAUGGCUAUGGAUGGGACAGACCAGAAUAAUUUGGAACAAGGUAUUUACACAAAAGAUGCAACACAUCUCAGAAAGAAUGGUCACCACAGAAGAUCUUUAUCAGAUCUCAGUCCGUCUCAGAAGUGUGGAGCCUGGGUCUCACAUUUCCAGCAGCUCUUUGUGUUGUUUAUCGGAGCGGACUGGAUCUACCUCAUGCUCCUUGGCUUUGUCGUGGCAGUGCUCAGCUUUACUGUGGAUAUCUUUGUUGACCUCUUCACAGAGGCACACAGGUGGAUCUACAAUCUUGCAGACAGUCAUGUUGUCUUGCAGUAUUUGGCGUGGGUCACUUAUUCUCUGCUUCUAAUGUGUUUCGCAGCAGGAUUCGCAAACAUAGUGUCAAAUAAGGCCACUGGGUCUGGGAUUCCCGAAACCAAGACAUCUCUGAGAGGAGUGAUGCUGCAGGAGUAUUUCACCUUCAGAACAUUAGUGUCCAAAGUCAUCAGUCUGACCUGUGUGCUCGGAAGUGAAUUACCUGUAGGCAAGGAGGGUCCGUUUGUGCAUGUCGGCAGUGUGUGUGCUGCUCUUCUCUGUAAAUUCAUGUCGCUCUUCAGUGGUAUUUACAAGAAUAAGAGCAGAAACGAGGAGAUGCUGACGGUGGGAUGUGCAGUAGGAAUCAGCUGCUGCUUCGCUGCUCCUAUUGGAGGAGCGUUAUUCAGCUUAGAAGUCACAUCUAUGUUUUUCCUCACACGAAACUACUGGCGUGGAUUUCUGUCUGCUACGUUCGGUGGCUUCAUCUUCAGACUUCUGCCGGUGUGGAACAGAAAGGAAGAGACACUUACAGCUCUUUAUGCGACAAAAUACAGACUGGACUUUCCUUUUGACCUGCAGGAGCUUCCCAUCUUUGCUGCGAUGGGGAUAGUAUGUGGCUUUGGUGGCGCCUUCUUUGUGUAUUUGUAUGGAAAGAUUUCUCUGUUUGUGAAGAAGCAGCAAGCCAAGAAAAGCUUCCUCAUGAGGAAUUGUUUCUUCUAUUCGGCUUUGGUGUCUGUGCUGAUCUCUACGCUCACUUUCCCUCCAGGCUUUGGGCAGUUCAUGGCUGGACAGCUCACAAAAAAGGAUUCCUUGAUUUCAUUUUUUGACAACCGCACCUGGUCAAAUCAUGGCAUCGUAGCAGACUUUGAUAAUGACGAUUACCUAGCCGCCUGGAAACAUCCGCAGGCUAACGUCUUUAUCAUUCUCUCCGUCUUCAUCAUCAUGAAGUUCUGGAUGUCUGCUCUUUCCAUAACCCUUCCUAUACCAUGUGGUUCCUUCGUUCCCAUUUUCAUCAUUGGUGCUGCAUUUGGCCGUUUGGUGGGUGAAGGUUUGGCCACGUUGUUUCCUGAUGGAUUUAACGUUGAUGGACACAUAUACCACAUAGUGCCUGGAGCAUAUGCUGUUAUAGGAGCGGCAGCGUUAACGGCAGGAGUCACUCACACGAUCUCGACUGGCGUGAUCAUGAUGGAGAUGACUGGUCAGAUCAGUUACACUCUACCCAUCCUGAUCUCUGUGAUUCUGGCCAACAUGAUCUCUCAGAGUCUUCAGCCUUCCAUCUAUGACACGGCUAUCCGCAUUAAAAAACUGCCUUACCUGCCCACGCUUAGCUGGGGCCACCGAGAGAAGUAUAAUAUUUAUGUGGAGGACUUUAUGAAAAGAGAUGUUCGUUAUAUCACACUGAACUCCACCUACAGAGACAUAGUCAAGAUCUUACGUUCAGGAAAUCUUAAAACACUGCCUUUGGUGAAAUCUGCAGAGUCGAUGCUCUUGCUGGGUUCUGUCGAGCGUGCUCAGUUACUGGGGCUCUUAACACAGCGAAUGCAGCAUAAUAAGCAAAAUGCAUCCACUAUGCCAAACAGAUACAAGGUUCGCUUCCAGAUGUCCACAGAAGAGUCUGCAUCCGCUACAAAUGCUAAACCUAUGAAAUCUGCUCUGAAGAAGCCAUCUGUAGAUGAAGAAGAGAUUACAAGUGUUUAUGAUUCUGGCCUCAAUUUAAAGAAGUUCUUCUGUUCUCGUCCUGAGAUCGAGGCAAUGGAGGACGACUCAGACGCAGAGGAUGAUACGAUACUUCAAGAGAUUGAGGAGUGGGAGGAGCAACAGCUUGACGAGCAGGUGACCUUCAACAGCUGUAAGAUUGACCCCGCCCCCUUCCAGCUGGUGGAGCACACUUCACUGCACAAGACGCACACCAUGUUUUCUGUGUUGAAUCUGGAUUACGCUUACGUCACCAGCAUCGGGCGACUCAUCGGAGCUGUUUCUCUGAAAGAGUUAUGUAAAGCGAUCGAAGGCAACACACCGGGAGACGGUGUGAGGUUGCGUCCCGUUCUGUCCACUUUCAGAGACCGAGGCGUUCGAGGAACCAGGACCGAAACCAUCGCACUCCACCAACUACUGGAGCAUCCACUUUCCAGUUGUGCAAACAAUAUUUAAAUGAUGUAAAAGUUGUUGUUAUUCAUUCUAACCAGUG